UCAGAAAAUACUCUGAACCAACGCGGUUCAACAGAGAAGAAGAAAUUGGAAGCCUCUGCGAAGCGUGAAGGACCUUCUUUCAUUCUUUCUGCAUCUUAUCACCUUCUUUCUUUCUUGUUUUUUUCUUCUCUCUUAGCAAAGCUUCGGACCCAUAAAACCUCGAUCUUUUCUUUAUUUUAUUUCAUUUUCGCUUUUUUAAUUUUCAGUUGGAUUUGAUUUGUGAAUUAUUGUUACUUUCCCUGCAAGCUUCCCCUGAUUUGCACGUUCGAGUAAAAAAGAAAAGAAUUUUUUUCUUUUUUUCUUUUUUCUCACUCUUUUGGGGGAAUUCAACGUUGUAUGAUGGUGUAAGAUUUGUUUGAUCUUUUUGUGGUAAAAAAGAAAACACUUGACUCUUUUUGGGUAUUUUGAAGUUUACAAAGGAAAAAGCUGAAAGCUUGCUUUGCUUUGUGAUUUUCAUGACAUAGUGGAUCAUGGCGCUGUUGCUGAAAUUUAAAGUUUUGAGCAUGGUUCUUAUCUGUAAAUAGAUUAAUGGGGAUUCUUAGAAGUUGUUGGUUGUUAUUAAUUAGGCUCUAGUUUGGUUUUGUUGGGUUUUGUCUUCCGCAGGUUUUUAGAAGGAAAUUUUGUUAUAUCUUUUAUAUUCUGUCAUGGCCUUGUAAUUCAUGAGCGGAUUGAUGAUUGGCUUGGUUUGAAGUUUUUGGAAGGAGUUAAUUGGUUUUGGGGUUUUGAAUUCGGUAGAGGGUGAGAUUUGUGACUGAGGAGAUUGGGAUUUGAGUGAUGGAUGAAGCUCAGAGCAGUUCCAAUUCCCUGCCACCUUUUCUGGCAAAGACUUAUGAGAUGGUGGAUGAUCCUUCCACUGAUCCCAUUGUUUCUUGGAGUGCCUCUAAUAGAAGUUUCGUUGUGUGGAAUCCUCCGGAUUUUGCUAGGGAUUUGCUGCCUAGAUUCUUCAAGCACAAUAACUUCUCAAGCUUUAUCAGGCAGCUGAACACUUAUGGUUUUAAGAAGGUUGAUCCUGAACAAUGGGAAUUUGCAAAUGAUGAUUUUGUAAGAGGUCAACCACAUCGCAUGAAGAAUAUCCACAGACGAAAACCGGUUCAUAGUCAUUCUUUACAGAAUCUUCAGGCGCAAGCUCCACUGACAGAAUCAGAAAGGAUGAGUUUACAAGAUGAAAUAGAGAGGCUUAACCGUGAAAAAGAACAGCUUCUUAUGGAGCUACAGAGACAUGAACAGGAGUGGCAAGAAUAUGAGAUUCGAAUACACUGCUCGAAAGACCGUGUGGAGAAGAUGGAGCAGAAGCAUCAGAAGAUGAUCUCUUCUGUUUCCAGUGUACUGCAGAAACCUGGAAUUGACUUGAAUCAAUUGGCAUUGCUAGAAACCACAGAUAGAAAACGAAGGUUGCCAAGAAGUGGCUAUCUUAGUGAUGAAACUAACAUUGAAGAUACAACUGAGACAGAACAAAUGUUACCUACAGAAAAUUCACAGGACACCUCCGUUUUGACAAUAAUCACAGAGCAAUUGGAUCAGCUCGAGUCAUCCAUGGUAUUUUGGGAAACCAUUUCAAAUGAUAUUUCUGACACGACCAUUCACAUUCAUUCAAGCUUGGAUUUUGAUGAAUCUACAAGUUGUGCUGAUAGUCUGUCUAUAUCUUGCCCCCUACUAGAUAUUGAAGUUCUGCCUAAGUCAUCUGGAAUUGACAUGAACUCUGAGCCUGCUUCUGCUCCUGUUUCCGAGCCUGCUUCCGCAUCAAAAGAACAACCUGCCGGCACAACCCCUGUGGUGGUUGGUGUUAAUGAUGUAUUUUGGGAACAAUUCUUGACAGAGAAUCCUGGUUCAUCAGAAGCACAGGAAGUACAAUCAGAAAGAAAGUAUCAUGAUACUAGCAAGGGUGAAGGAAAACCUAGUGACCCAGGAAAGUUUUGGUGGAACAUGCGAAAUACAAGUAAUCUUCCAGAACAAAUAGGUCAUGUUAGUCAAGCAGAAAAAACAUAGUGACAAUUGAAAUUGAUUAUUUCUUCUAGAUUGUGAUGCCUCGGAAUCAGAUGUAAUAAAACUAGGUGCCACAUUGCACAAUAACCACAACUGCAAUUUGAAGCAUUGGUGUGGUCAGUUUCAGCUUGUUCCUUUGUCUGCUUUGAUCCUUCCUGAUGUUACUAUGCUGUAUUAACAGAAGCCACCUGCAGAUACCUCUGUUACCAUUCUUCCACUAAUGUCUCUUAUAUUGAUGGAAAUCACCUUGCCACUGAAGUUUAGCGAUCAAUUUGAAAUCGCAAAACACCAGUAGUGCAUGGCUACACUGGUUUAGAAACUAGAGUUGAAAGAGGAUGUUGUUUUUCUAUAUAUGAGAGUGCUUGAAACUUGCAUAGUAUAGUUUGAAUACUUGUUCCUUGA